UUGACCUCUCCUUCUCUCCGUCUCUGUUUAAACCAGCCAAAAUGGCCAAAGAUCGAAACGGCGACGUUCCGGAGAAGUCAAACAAAACCCCGGACAAAGACGACGGAAGCGUAAGAAAGUCCGGCAAAUCCAUAGAGCUUUCCGACUCCGGGGAGGACACAAGGCGCAGCAAAUCGAGACGAAAAGCCCUGGAAGCCUCCGAAUCGAGCGACGAUGACAAGCGCGCGCGCCGCAGGCGGAAGAGGAAGUCGCGGCGUAGGUACAGAAGCAGCAGCGAGGACGAUUCGGAUUCGGAUUCGGAAGAGUCCGAUGAGGAGAGCGGCUCGGAUUCGGGCUCGGAGUCGGUGAGCGAGGGUAGCGAGAGCGAGCGGCGGCGGAAGAGGAGGGAGAGGAGGAGGAGGAAGGAGAAAGAGGAGAGGAGGAGGAGAGAGAAGGAGAAGAGGAAGAGGAGGAGAGAGAGGGAAGAUGAGAAGAAGAAGAAGGAGAGGAGGAAGAAGAGGAAGAAGGAGAAGACGGAGAAAGGUAAAAAGGGGGCGGUAACUGAUUCUUGGGGCAAGUAUGGGAUCAUCAGAGAGACUGAUAUGUGGAACAAGCGACCGGAGUUUACGGCAUGGUUGGCAGAAGUGAAACAGGUGAACCUGGAGCAUCUGCCGAAUUGGGAAGAGAAGCAGAUGUUCAAACAGUUCAUGGAAGAUCACAACACUGCUACAUUCCCUUCCAAAAAGUAUUAUAGCCUUGACGCUUAUUAUAGGAAUAAACUGGAAAAGGAAAUGAAAAAAGGUAUUAAGAAGGUUGGACAAACAGAGCGUGUUGUAUUCAAUGAUGAGGAAGUGCGAAGGCAAGAAAUGAUGCGAGUCCGUGAAAAACAAAAGGAAGAAGAAGUUGAAGCUUUGAAGCGUUCUAUGCAAAGUGGACUGGCGCAAGCAAUGAAGGAGCAAGCUCAACUGCGGGAAGAGAUGGCCUACCAGUACAAGAUUGGAAACUUUGAGGCUGCUGCUGCUAUCCAGAGAAGGUUGGACCCUGAUGCAGAGUAAUACUGCUGUAUGAAAACCGGUUAAGGAGUAGUCUGAGUUGUGAGGAGUUUAUUUAUCAUGUGUCUACUAGCAGAAGAGUUUAGAGAUAAUCCUCUGUAUGUGUCUAAUUAUCUUACUUUCUAGCUCAACCAUUUUUGCAGAUACAUAGGAAAAUUAUUUUUAUUUUAUUGUAUUUUAUUUACUGCGUUUUCACAUUUGUUAGCUUCCAGCCGAUUUAUCGACUUGGAUUGAUUGUGAAGAUAAUCAUAUUGCAUCCAAGUAG